AGAGAGAGAGGAGAAGAGCAGCAAGAGAAGAAGAGAGGACAAGUGAGAGAAAAAAAAGGCUUCUUUUCUCUCCAAUCUCUCUCUCUCUCUCUCUCUUCUCCUCCUCCUCGCCCACCUCAGGCAGCCGCAUUAAUGGAUUCCGCGGCCGCGGCCUCCUCCUCCUCCUCCUCCCACCUCCGCCACCUCUCCACCUCGCCGGACCUAAUGUGACGGCGGCGCGGAUCCCUCAACGGCGGCGGCUGGGUCCAAGAGGUGUGGUUUUGUUGUGUUGUGCACGAGAAAAAGUCGCUGGUUUGGGAGCUUACCGGCGAGGGCGACGAGCUACGGCUCAAUGCGGCUCGAUCCGGAGUGGUGUUCGCGGCGAUUUGGCUCCGGUUGGGCGCUGCUUUGGUGAAUCCGGCGGCGUUGACUCCAGCUGGGAGGAGAAGGCCGGAUCUUUGCGGUGUUCUACACGGGCGAGGGCUGCCUUGUGGUUUCUUGGGGGGUGUUCUUAGUUGGGGAUUACCUGCAUUUCGGGUUUAGGGGAGUAAAGGGAAAUGGAUGUGGAGAAGCCUACUUCAAAGGGACAUGGCUUCUUUAGCCUGUUUGAUUGGGGCAAGAAGUCCAAGAAGCGGCUGGUCAGUGGAAAUGGGAGCGAUUCUCCGGCUCCAAGGGUUUCUGAAAAUUUCAGGGAAUCUGAUGGUGGCACACCAAGCACUCGACCAAAUUCGUUCCUUGAAGAUGCACCGAGUUUGAAGGAAAGCAGUGAGCACAGUUGCUCAUCUUCAGUGGUUGACGAUGAAGCUCUUGUGAGGAGGGGCCCCACUGUUGUAGCAAGGCUUAUGGGUCUGGAUUCCAUGCCCGCAGCAAGCUCAUCUGGAUCCUAUACGAUGCCAUUAACUGUGCAGCAGUCCCCCCAGAACAGUACUAUCCAUGAUGAGUUCAUUGGCAGAAGCUAUGUUGGCAGUCCUCAUAAGAUGCCCGGUAGUCCUCAUAAGAUGCCUGGUAGUCCUAUUGACCGGUUUAGGAUGGAAGCAUUGCCACCAAGAUUUGCCAAAAGGACACUGUCGGUUGCGCAAAACAAGUUGUCCCCCAUGAAGAAUCCUAAUCAUAUAUCUAGCAGAAAUGCUGCUGAUAUAAUGGAGGCGGCGUCUAGGAUUAUAGGGGCUGGAGUUGAGGUUAUUAGCCCUUACAGAGUUCGUGAUGUUGGAUAUGCAAAUACUGUUCGUGUAUACAGCCAAAGAGAGAUUGCGAUAGUCCAACAAAGGCCACCAAGAAUGAAUGAAGCACUGAAGAAGCAUGAUGGCUUGACAUCUUAUAGGCUACCAACUGGAAAGCCUUUGGAUGGAAGUCUGAAAAGUUCAGGGAACACCUCUGCUUCUGUGGUCUCACAGUCAAAUGGAGGUGCUCCAGUUGGCCCAAAGGUCAAGGCCAGCAGUCGAUCAUCACCAGAUUCUAGAGCAACUAAUGUUCAAGGAAGGGAAGAUAUAAGCAAGAUUAGCAGAAAACUUGCAACUCGGGAUCCUGAGCGGAGAAUGGUUGAGAGAAAUGGGAUUAACCAAGGGAAGAAUAACAAUCAAGUGGGCAUGGCAAGUUCGUCCAAUGUGCUUGUGCAAAAUAACAGAAAGCAAAAUGCUAUGGUUAAGCACAAGGUGAAUUCCAAGCCACCAACACCCAACCGGCAAAGAAGCAACACACAUUCAAUAAAUGGCACUAUGAGAAAGGUUGGGACUGCCGGCACACCGUCUGAAAACAAUACUCAAGGUAACAGAAACGUGGAAUUGCGGUCAACUGGCCAUGCAAAUAGAAGGCAAAAUUCUACAGCCAAAUCAAUCCCCAAGCCAGGAAGAUUACCAGAUGGGAGGAUACAUUCAGUGAAAACCCGUCCAAGUGAUAAAGAUAUUGCUGACAGAAGCCAAAGGCGUGUUCGGCACAAUAUUGUAAUAGAUGAGCAAUCACCUUUUUCCAUGAACAAGAAGAAAAUUAGCACUGAUAUUGUUUCAUUCACAUUCACCGCACCAGUUGAUAAACCAUUAUCUGGUUAUCGCCUACCCAAUCAUUUAGUGGAAAAACAGUUUAUGAAAAACGCGAGCUCAGUACCAAAUUCAAGCGAGACAUCGAGUGCUAAAUUUGAUUCAAUUGAUGGUGAUUAUUUGGGUCUCCUUUUAGAGCAGAAGUUGAGAGAACUUACUUCUGGGGUUAGGUCACCCUACUGUAAGCCAGCCAAAGAUGUUCGGAUAUAUGCCCCAUCAUCAGUUCUGGAAGAUUCACAAUCAGCAUGUGAAACAUCGAGCAUUGCAUCUACUGAUUAUGAUAGGGAGUCCGUCCAAUCCUAUAAGGAUGGAAAAGGCAGUUUCACCCAGACAGAUCUUGCAUCAAAGAGUGGUCAGUCAUCUCAAUCUGUGAAGUAUGAUAAUGAUGCCAUGGAUCAAAUGGAGAUAGAGCGCCUUCACCUCAGUCCCCUUUCAACAUGGGAUGCUUCUGUUUCAACUGAAACCGGUAGCUCAACAGAGAGCUGGAGAAGCGCAAAUGGAACCAAAGUAUUUAGCUCAACGGAAGGUGCAACAACGUCUAAUUCUGCAUGCUUCAGUAAAUUCCUGGAAGCUGACGCUUUCUCGGAGUAUUCUGACACAGCCUCAUCAAUCACUGUGACUACGACGGAUAUCCCCCCAUCAGAUAGCAGCAGUUCAAGCCGAAUGGAUUGCAGACAGGAGAUUGAUUUCAUAAGAGAAAUAUUAAACACCAGUCCUCUUAAUGGUCAAAUUUGCUCGGGCUUGGAGCGAUUCAUUAACUCAGAUAUCCUGGAUCUACAACUACUGGAAGACUUAAAUGGCGAUAUUCGGCUGGCGGUGGGUGUAGCAGAGGGCAAAACACUCCGAAUGAAUCGGAGGCUGCUCUUCGAAUGUGUAAACGAGAUACUGAGUGUGAGAUGUGCAUACUAUUUCAAUGCCGGCUACGGCUCAUGGUUCUUGGGGAUGGCAAUUCUGAAGAAGCUCACAGCUGAAGAAAUCUAUGCGGAGAUGACUGAUCUGAAGGUUGCUGAGGAGUGGAUGGUGGAUGAACUCGUGUACAAAGAAAUGAGUAGUCCUCUGGGGAGCUGGGUAGAUUUCAAGUUGGAGUCAUACGAAUCUGGCAUUGACAUUACAACAGAGUUGCUUGGUUCCUUGAUCGAUGAAAUGGUUGCUGAUCUACUUCUAGUGUCUGACACUUCUUUGUAGCAGGUGUUCUUUUCCCACUAAUGAUACCAGUUUGACAGCCACAAACAAGGUUUUUGUUCCAUAUGUUGGUCUCACAAAUUGUAAAUUGGUAGUAGUUCGGUCAUGCAACUGUGCAUGUUUUGUCACGAAAGAUUGAUAAUGUUGCUACUAACCUGCCCAUUGUUUAUCUGAUGAUUGACCGUCGAUGUCUGUCAUGAUGAACCAUUCUUGAA